CCCGUGUUGAUAUUUGUGUUUGUUGUUGUUGGGCCAUACGCGGUAAUGCACAAUGCCCGCGCGACGAAUGCGAUAAACUUUUCACGCGCCGGACAAAACUCGUCUAGCGUGGGGACAAACACCGCGAUACCGGACAAGUAUUUGACAUCGCGUCUGCCGGACCACCUCGUCGCUGCGGUGAGUACUGUUGAAAUUCAUUUAAACGACGCCGACGGUUAUUGUGCACCAGUGGUGCCACCACAGGCGUUCGUUAUACUCGGAGCCUGUGCAUAUUAUUUUGAUUUUGAUACGUUUUAUUUAUUUCCUUGUACAAUGGCGUAAAUACUAGACGGGCAAACGGGCCACAGGCCCACAAAUAAUGAGGGCCUUAGCAAUGGUCUUGACCAGAGCCCACGGCAUUAUUGGACACAAUAUGUGAGGGUCUUUUUGAAUGAGCUUUUUUUUUUUUUUUAUUUGUAAAUCGGGUCGGCUUUUAGGCCUUUAUUCGAUAUUUACCCACGGGCAUUAAAAGCUCUAGUUUACGCCACUGUUUUUUGUAUGAAUAUGCUGGUAAAUAAUUAUGACCGAUUUGGAAUAUUUAAAAAUAUUAUUAUUAUUAUUAGUUAAAUUUAUUUGGAUAAAAUAGCAUAUCCCUGACUGAUUGACUGACUGACUGAUUAUCACCAUAGCCGGAACCGCUAGAGCUAUGAGUAUGCAAUUCGGUCUGUAGUUUUGCAUUAUGAUGUAGACGGCCGCUAAGAGUUUUCCAAAAUUCUACUCCAAAGGGGGCUAAAAGACGUAAAAGGGGUUGAAAACGGCAACCAAUAUUUCUCAAAGCUACACAAUCCCUUAGUAAUAUAGGUUAUAUUUUAUCUCAACAUUUCUCCGAUUAAGGUUGUCUGAAACAUAAUACUUGUCUAGAAAUAUAAUUUUUUUGGCUAAUUUUUGGUUGGUUAGGUUAGGAUAUUACAAUACACCACACGGUCAAUGUCGGAUCAGGACAGGUAGAUUUAAUAUACGUAUGAACAAAAAAUAAACAGUCAUAGCCCCUUGUAAAUAAAAACUUAAGGACCCGUAUUACAAUAGAAGUUUACAAUAGAAGACGAUUUCGGUGAGUUAGGCUUAGUUAAGAGAUGAACUGCAGUUUGAUUGGUUGUUCAUUUAUGUUGAUAACGAACAUGGUAUUAUGGCUAUAAAUAAUUAUCAUGUACGAUUAGUGUGACGUCAUAUUACCUAAUCAAAAUUCUUAUCAAAUAUACGUUUGGAUCCAAACAAAUACAAAUGUAUAUACAAAAUGCAAUGCAUAGUAACUUAAAAAUUGUUAUAUUUUACAUUUUAAUUACUUAUUACUUAUAAAACUGCCCACUGGUGAAACCGGGUAUUACAACUAAAAACAAUAUAAAAAACAUGUAUAAAAUGCUUCGCACCGUGGCCACUGUUGUUGGUCAGAAGUUUCGAAGGUAUAGGAAAUAAUGUAAUUUAGUUUAUAUACCUACUAAAGGCAACGAUAAAUCAUUUCAAUCAAAAAAUGAUUUUGAGGGGUGAUAGAUAAUCUGGUAAGGUGUUGGUCGUGUUUAUUUCCGUAUAAACAAAACAAUCCAAAAAUCAACAAAAAAAAAAACCAACGGAUCAUCAUUUGUUUUCAAUUGUUUUAAAUUGUUUAGGUAAUCUGUGGGGAAUCUACAAAAAUGUUUCAAACAAAUAAGUACCUUAGGGUAAAAUAUGUGAAUUUUUCAAUGUACGAUUCGAAAAAUGGGAUUAUGUUUAUUAUUAAAAAAAGUGAUUAACGAAAAAACAAAUCUUAAUAAAAAUGAUAAUUUCUUCGCUUCACGCUACAUCUAAAAUUCUAAAGCACGUAACAAAAAUCUAGUUUUUAUUUCUUGUUUUUAAGAAAUACGGGUAUUUAAACUAUACAGGUUUUGCCACAAGAGAAGAGCUUUGGACCUUCUCCAGCUACAAAUUUGGUUGUUCCAACUAAAAUUAUUCCAUUUUUAUCUAAUUGCAACGAUUUUCUUGUCGAGUCCGGUUAGGUUAAAACGCCAGUAACAGUAGUCUUAAUAAUAUAGUUAAAUAAAAAAAAAAAAAAAAAAUCAAUUUGGUACAUCUAAUAAAAAUCGCAUACUUGGUAACGUUUUAUAUGUUAUGCUGCAACCAGUCAACUAGCCACCUCAAGAGCAUUUGUAUUUGUCAAAUUUGAAACAAUAAUCUGUUGGUUUAAAAGUAGGAUUAAGAACAAACCAUGUUUUAAAAUGUACUGAUUAUUAUGAUUUCCAUAAAAAUGUUUCAAUAAACGCGUUAAAAAUGUUCAGCAGAACUUUGUUACUAAAAUUUUUCCCAAGACGGCUUAUUGCCGUUACUAUAUUAUAUUUUUUUUUAGAUUCUGUGCGAAGCGAAGGAUCACAUUUAAUAUUUACACCGAGCAUAAAUGCAAAAUUGCAUUCCCGUGGCUUGAUUUGGGUGUUAUGUUGGGGUGUAUAUACUAUAUACACCUCAACAUAUACUAUAUACUAUACAGCAAAAAAAAAAACCAUCUUCCCUUAACAACAUAGUGAUAUUAAUACUGAAAUUCAAUCAUAAUUGUUUGAUUUCCACUUAAAUCCACCAAAAAAAACAAUUUUAAUUCCUGAAUUUGAGUUUUUUUGGUUCAGAAAAAGCCGCUAAAGGUGUUCAAAAGUAGCGGGAAGAUUAAUAUAAUUUCUUAGUCCUAGAGAGGGCUUCAUUAUAUAUUCGUUGUAUAGUUUUCAUUAUAUGCGAAUUCAAUUUUUAAAACUUUUAAAUGGCCUGACCAUUUAAAAAUUACUGACUAUUAAAUAUAGUGUUCAUGUCUUAUAUACCAGUUACUAUCUUGCAGUUAUCUACAGGAAAUACAAGAAUCGUUUAGACUUUCUAUUUUCUUUUUUCCUUAAAUAUUUAUUUUAUACUCAAUAUUGUAACCAUUACGUACUUAUGUAGAAAUUAUCUGCUAUAUUUUUAGUUAUAUAAAAAUUACGAUAAAAAUUUUUAUCAUGUAUUUAAAUUGUAUUUUAACUGUUAUUUAAUUUAUAAUAUAUACAUGGAUAGGACAUUUUUAUACCUAUUAUACACGGUAUACUAGAGCGAAGAUUUUAAUAGUUACCUUAAUGGUUAUAUGCAUUUACAGAUACUGGUUUAUGAUAGACAACCUUUUUAUCCUCAUUUUUAUCAAUCUGAUUUGCGCCAAUUUUUGUUACUAUUGUAUUAAUUAUUGUACCUAUUAAUUUGCCUCUGAAUAAUAUUUUUUUCCGAAUUUGUUAUUUCAAUGACCGCCAGGCGGCCGGUAGAUUUCACCGUUUUCGUUAUCAACUAUAGUUAAUACUACACCUUAAUUAAAUGUAAGCACUUUCAGGGACGAACCGAAGGUGGGGGUCAUAGGGGUAUGCGACACCUCCUCCCACUCAGCAAUAUUAGAAUUUCAGUCGGCAACCGUUACUUGGUAAAUUUGUUCGACUAAAAUAAAUUACUAUUCAAAGAUAUUUUAACUUGAUAUUUCUGUGUGACUAUGUACAAUGUCGAGGCGACUUAGCGAGAUUCGGUACAAGAUAAUUAAACUUACCUAGGUGCUAAUCUCUUAUUAUUGCAACGUUCCGUUUCAUGGUAUCAAAUUUUCAAUAAUAAUUCUAAUCGGAAAUUUAUUAUUCUACAACCGUUGGACAACGCUGAAUCACCGUAAAGAUCGAUUUUGAAAAAAUAAUUAUUAAUUAAACAUAUUAUAUUUACAUUUUAACAAAAAAAAAUACGGACAAACUUCAUAUAAUGGGUGAGUCACUGUUGUAAGUUAAAAUUUGGCAAUGUAGGAUAUAGAGGGGAAUUUAAUGUACAUUUGUACGCAAUGAUUAAUCUUUGCUAACGAAAAACGAUUCUGAGCAGAGUUCGAUUAUACGUGUUUUGUAAUUUUAAUAUUUACGAUUUUCGUUAAAAUUUGAUAAAAAAAUUCGUAUGAAAAUAAUUCUUCAUUCUACUCAAUUUUUUCUUGACCACAAAGUACGAAUUAUAUGAUCAAUCAAAUACAAAUUACAUCAAAAACUAGCAAAAUUAAAACUCCUAUAAAUAGCUCGAAAAUAGCAUAAAUAUUUUGAAAAUUAUAACACGUCUAGAAAAUGCAAAUUUAUCACAAUUUACAACGUUUAAAUUACGAAAACGAGGUUAUCAGUUAUCACUUAUUACAAUUCGGUGUUGACCGUCUGUGACGUCCUAUCGAUAACUUACUAUCGUUCACGAUCAAAGAUUAUCUUCCAGUAAUCUCAAUAUGACGAUAUUAUGUUACUUUUCACUAUCAUAUCUUAUCAUAUAUAAUAUAAAUUAUAAUCUUUAUGCAAGAUAAGAAAAAAAAUAAUUAAUAAUAAAAUCUUAAAAAAUAAAGUUACGUAUAUAUAACUAUGCAUAAAUUAUUUAUUUUGGAAACGCAAGUCAAUUGGACACGAUUACAUUUUCACACACGACAAAUAAAUAUUACGUUUCAUUUUUUUUUAUAUAAAUAAAUGCAUUAAUUAAUGAUAUGGUAGACACAUAUAGGGGGCGAACAAUCUAUUAUAAGACACUCAUUAUCUCGGAAAAUUUUGACGGCGAUCAAAAAUGUCAACACCAAUAUUUAUUUUAACUAAUACUUUGUCUAUUUAUGCAGAUGUUAUUAUUAUAUAAGCAAUAUAAAAUUGUAAUUUCUUACAUUAUCUGAGUGAGUAGCGAAUAAUUUAUAUUAGUUUUACAGUGUAAAUUGAAGUGACGAUUUAUUCAUCAAUCAGUUUUGAAUAUCAUAUAUGUAUAUAUGCGAUAGCACAGUCAGGGAAUUAUAAAUUAUAAUCUUCUUUUCCGAAAUUUGAAAUUUGUUUAAAAAUUCUUCGUAACAAGUACAUAUAACUGCAUAAUUUGUAUUUGCAACUACAAUUAUUUCCUUGUAAUUUUGAACACAUGUACGUUGUGAACUUCACUCAUUUUAUAAUUUAUUAUGACAAUAACCUGCCCAGAAAUUUAUUUCGAAUUCAUAUCUCACUUUCCUCUUGAAAAUGAAUUCUGGUUACGCCAUUACAUAAUAUAUAUAUAUAUAUUAAAUAAAUAACUCGGCAUGUAGGUACAUAAUAAAAAGGUGUAAAAGCCAAUAAUAUAUGUACAUAUUAAACAAAAAAAUGUAUAAGCCGAUAAUUAUUACAACAGAUAAAAACAAUUUUAAAGCCAAUAAUGAUUAUUUUAAAACAAAAAAACAAAAUGCGUUGAAUUGUAGCGCGUCGAAAUGCGUAAUUACGUCAAAAUGACUUGUGUCAAAUGUCGCAUUAUUUUAAAAAUUUACACACCAUACGUGCAUAAUGAUUAACGAAAUAAUUACUUACUUAUUUAUUGCUUUUUGUAAACCAUGCGACAUUGCGACUGUAAGUUAUACAAGUUAACUAAACAUGUUAUUACCUGUACCUAUUUAAAUUUGUUUAAUUAAAAUAAUAUAAAAUGUAUACAUUUUUUUUUCACCACACAACAGAAUAUUAGAAGAAAAUGUCUACCAUAAUAAAUGUUAAUGUUAGUAAUUAAAAUAAUACAGGCUGUCUUAUAGUUUCAAUUUUUUAUUUUUUUUUUUUUCGUAUACAACCGAUCGUAUUGACGAUCUUUGAACAAGCUGACGAAAAGGUAUUCGACGGAUCAAUACUUAUGAUUAGCAGGGACGUUAUACUCGCACCCAGUGUAAAUCCAGGUAUAUGACAGGGAGGGUGAUAGCCCCUUUUUGUUUGCCUUCCUCUUAAAUGUGAGUAAAUUAAUAAUUAAACAACUGGUUUAGUUAGACUGGUUUUAGUAAGAAAGUAGAUAAGAAAAAAAAAAUCAUUACUAUAAUUUUAGUAAUGCUCCCACUCCCUUCAGAAAAAUUGUCUGGAUUCAACACUGCCCGCACCUACUGUUUCGAUCCAACUACCAGGGUAACAUGUAAAAACAAUGUUUACGCAGAAGAAUAAAAAAAAUUAGCUUAAUUUUAAUUUUAGAGUAAAAUUACCUAUCAUGAAAUUUAUAAUUAACAAUAUUUUGGAAGGAAUGUCGUAAGGUUUUUUUAUUAUUCAAUAAAUAAAAGAUACUAAAACCUUUAUAUUUUUUCUUUUUUAAAUAACUGUAACUUGUUUAACAAUUUAUAGUUCAAAAAACACCUAUGAAAUUCCCUCUAAAAUAUUGUUCUCUAUAAAUUUCAUAAUAGGCACUUUUACUCUAAAAUCAAAAUUUAGGCUGGUUUUACUUAAUCUGCGUAAGCAUUAUUUUUGCAAGUUACCCGACAGUUGAACUGAGAUAACAGAUGCGGAUAUAACGUCUUCUUAAUCGUACAGUCAAAUUAAUUUGAAGGACCACACAAAUCCGGAAAAUAAUUUUAUAAUACGGAUUUUAAAAUUAAGUCAAGAAGUUGUAUCAAAAGAUACAACUUCUCGAAAUUUUUAACUUUUCAAUGGGUAGGUAUUUAAUAUUAAUUCAUUAUAUAUAUAUUUUAUAUGUUUAUUUAUCGUAUGGCGAAAUUACAAAAAUAAUUUGUGUUAUUAAAAAACGAGAUAAGAUAUUAUAGUCAACAAUUCAUUAACCAGAUUGGAAAAAUCACCGUUCAAAAUAAUUGUUUAAUAAUUAUGUAUUUCAAAACAAUAAUAGUUAUUUGAGUCUGGUACGAUUAAUACGAUGUCCGAAACACGACAAUCAAACGAUAAUAUAUUCUAAUAAUUGCUGUUUUUUACAUUAUUUUUGUACCCGAUCUUUGCAAUUUUUUUAUCGGGUAUACAUUAAAGGUAUACCAUAAUGGAAUUAUUAUUUAAUUUCCAUGAGCGCACAUGAAAGUAUAGACAUUUCUAUUUGAAAAAAGACGUCCAAGGAUAAUGGGGACAGGUGCAGCCACUGUUAUGGAUACCUGUAAGCAACGAUAAAUCAUUGUUUACGAAAAAAAAAGUUUGAGCGGAGUUCAGUAGAUAGAUAUGCUUUGUCAACACUAUAUAUAUAUAUGACAUUUUAUGAUAAAAUAAUUAAAUAGGCUUUAUACAUUUUCUUCAAUAAUAUUUGUUUAAUGUUGUACCGACUUUCCCAGUUUUCCUACGUUUUCCCGAUUUUCCCAUGUUAUAUCCCCGUUUUUCACAUUUGCUGGGAAAAGUUGAAAAUGACUUCUUUAAAGUACCUCCCCAGGGAAAUUUCCAUUCAGAAGCAUUACUAACAUUGAAAGUUGAGGCGAAAUUUCUAGUAGAAAAGUUGUGCACAGAAAAAAAUUAUGCCGUAAUAUAUUUUAACUAAUACUUACAUUUCUUAUAUAUUCCCGGUUUUUUUCAAAUUUUUCAAAUUUGAUGAGAAAACUUCAGAGAAAAUAAAAAAACGACGUAAAGUGCCUCCCUACGUCAAUUUCCUUUCAGAAAAGGUGCUACACGUAGAAAUUCGAGCAAGUCUACUGGUAGAAAAGUUGCGCAUAGAUAAAAAAAAAGCACCGUUGGAAAGCUAUAAGCUUCUUCGCUCUACUCAGUUCCAAAACAAAUGAAAAAUACUAGUUUAGCCAACCCUUGCGAAACGGAUUUAUCCGCAGAGUGCUCGAAAUACUGCCAAAACCAUUUGUUAUCCGCGGGCCAUGUUCAAAGACCAAAAGCAAAACGUUUGUACAAUAAUAAAGUAUACGUUGUGCAUAUUCUGUUGAUGUCUUAAACAAAUAGAAUAAUACCUCCGUUAGAUGUUACAAACAUAAUAUUAUGUGCGUGAAUAUCAAUUGCAGGAGUGUGGGUAGCUCUACAUGAAUAUUAACAAGUGGGGGCCGCAACCCGAGAUUAAACAUUUCGAAUUAUAAUUCGGAUCCGCAGUUUUUUUCAAAGACAUGGAUUUCCUUUGAACAUUUUUGCUUUUAGGGUCAGGAUCGUACGAGCCUUCGGCAGAAUUCCUUAUGCCAUCUUUCGUGCGUCGGGAGGGGAAGGUGAGUUGAAGGUUAUAAUAAUAUCCAAAGUGAGUCGAUAUUUUAACGCCAGUCUUUACUAGGUAAUGAUCGCGACAACAGCACUCUCCCGCUCAGUUUUCCUAUAACAUUGUUUCUCAUGCGGUUUAAUAUUCAAUGUAUGAGGGUAUGUGUUUUCGUCCAAUUAAACAAAGUUUUUAAAAACUAUGUAUUUACGUUUAGUAUAUUAUUUUAAUAAUCUUCACGUACGCUAAGGCUUAUAUUAUGUUUUAUUAUUUCCUUGUUCGGAUUAAAUUAAAUCCGGCCAUUGAUAUUUUUCAGACGAAACGAUGGCAGAGAGAACUGUUCCGCCGAUUCGCAUUGUCAACAGGAUGUUCGUCACGAACGUCGAAACACCGCCAACUGCACACGCGAGGAAUACCGACAUACCCGGUGAGUACCGAUAUUUGUUAUUCGCUACGUUUGUCUAUAUUGCAUAUUCAACGGGAAAAGUCAUUGGGAAAAUAAAUAAAAAAAUAAUAGUCUAACAGCUGCCGAACAGGUCUUAUCGGAAUUAACAAAAAAAGGACGAAAUACUUACCCGCGUUUGCAGCUGCGGUAUCAGUCCAAUUGUAGGUAUAACGGGCAACAUAUCAAAAUAGUGUUAUUUAUAGAAUUGAAAUUGUGACGUAGUUCAGCUUGAUAAAUAUAAUGUAUAAUGUUUACACGCGUAUAAGAAAAUUUAAAGAAGAGAAUAUUUUAAAGGGCGUUUUGAGGUAUUUUUCCGAAAUAUUGUCGGACAGUUACAGCCAAUAAUGUUUUGGGUUUUUUUUUUUUUUUUAAAUAAAUGCAAUUUUUUUGACUUCCGAGAUUCAAUACAAAUAAUAAUUUUUGAGAAACGCUUACGAUAUUAUUUUAAGUAGACUAUAGGUAAUAAAAAUGACACAUUACCGAGCGAGUACAUAUAAAUUAUAAUAUAUGUUGGAUUUCAGUAGGUAUUUACUAUAUUAUUAUUUCAUUUACUGAAAUAUUACAAUAAUUUAAUUUAGGCGUCCACUAUUAUUUUUGAAUAACAUAAAACGGUUGUAACCCAAUCUGGAACGAUUUACCUUUUCCACGACUCAUUCGUUCGAAAAAUUUUCGGAUUACAACAUAUUGAUUAAAGACAAAAAUACGUGCAACGUGUCACCACGUAAUUUUUUUUUUUCUAAUUAUCGAAAUGAAUUAUAAUAUGCAAUACGGAUUUGUUCUAAAUAUACAAUAUAUUCCCAAUAUUUAUAAAUCAUAAUGUAUACCUACGCCUAUAAAUAUAGUGAAGAGUUCAUAAAUUAAAAUUUCGUGAAUUUCGUGUUUAUUAGAUUUAAAAAUGAGUUAAUAUCCCGAGUUCGGUUGAUAGUAAUGUUUUAUCAAAAAUAUAUACUAUGUCAUUAUAUGAUAAAAUAAUUACAUAUGCAUUAUGUAUUUUCUUUAAUAAUAUUUGUUUGAUAUUAUACCAAUUUUCUCGUUUUUCCGAUUUAUUGGGAAAACUCUUGGGGAAAAUCAAAAUAAUCUAUGAAAUACCUCGCCAGUCAGAUUUCUUUUUAGAAAACGUGCCACUUGUAAGCUGGAGCAAGAUUUCUGAUAAAAAAGUAAAGUUGUUCACAGAUAAAAUAAAAAAAUAAACAUCAUUGUAAAACCAUGAGCUCCUUCGCUCCACUCAUAAUCUAAAAUGUUUAAAUAAAUAAUCAUUUGCUUUUACGCCGAUAUAAAUAUGUUUGCUCGUUAACGGUUAAAACUGUUAUCGUUAGACGACCUGCACUAUCGAUACCGCACGGUCUGGAGUUCAGUUGAUUGUAUUUUUAGAAAUACCGACCUUUUCGGUAUACGGAUAAUAAUAAUCUACACGAUGCACAAAAUGACUCGAUCCGCAGAAUUUAUAGAUAAGGAUCAGCGCACUUAAUUUAAAAUUAUUUUCGUUCGGAAAACGUGAAAAACGAACAGAAUCCAAAAGGUCAAAAAGGUCGCCGGAAAAUCCAUACUCUGUCGGGUACUGUCGGUUUUCCACGGACGGUUCCCCUCAAAAGCAUGGGACACGGGGACACUCGCCGCCGUGGCGUUUUAUGUUAUAACAGCACAACUCAAGCAGAACACACACACAUCCGAUCAGUUUGAACUUCCAACGCAACGUUCUUAACGAUCGCGUCGCACCCACGCACUAGUUUCCGCCCUAGAACCGUUUCCAUGGUAACAACUAAAUCUGCAGAUAUCUAUAUGCGUUGAAAGCUCAGCAAAAUGGUCCGCAACAUGACGAUCAAUACAGGUCGCAAUUUAUAUAUAGACAUGGUUUUCGCGAAUAAUAUUCGUGCAGUGGUUUUAGUCGCCCGCGUACUUAUUAUUAUACAGAUUCAGCGUCAAAUCGUAGACCUUCAGAUUGCAAAAAAAUAAAGGAAUAAUUGACGUCAUGUAAAAUAUAUUCGAAUUUUACGAGCAUUUAAAUGGGUGGGGGACACAACGGUACUGUCACUGGUGGAGAGGGGGGGGGCUUUUUCAACUAUUGCUGUUGUUUUUUAUUUAUAUCAGGAAUGAGUCUCGAACACCUCGAACUUAAAAAAAUUCGAACAGUUUGGAGUUCGAGCAAAAUGUAAGUUCGAAUUCAAACUCGAACAUCUAUAAUAGUUCGAAUAGUUCGUCGAGCAUAAUUUUAUAUGUUCGAAACGAUAUUUUUUUUUUUUUUUUAAAUAUGUAGGCACUAUUCAUUUUUGUAAACCUCAUUAUAUUAAUGAUCUCUGAUUAAGUGAUAAACUAAUAACUGAUAACACCAGUUCAAUGAGUUAUUAGUAAUGACUAGUAACUAAUAAGAAUUAAGUUUUAAAUAAUAACUUUAAUAAUUGUACUUCUAUUAUAAUAGUAUAAUUAUAGCAAAAUAUUAAACUUUUUAUUUUGUUGUGGGUAAAAUUUAAAUUUUUAAAUUUUUAAUUUUUAAAAUUCGAAAGUUCGAAGAAGCAUCGAGUUCGAGAAAAAAAAUCUGUUCGAGUUCACGAAAUCAUAGGUUCGACCCAUUCCUAGUUUAUGUAUAAUAUUUAUACAUAGGUAUUAUAAAUCUUGAAGUGGAAAAGGUCAUUGGGGUAGGGAGUCUGGCCUUCUUAUUCUAUUCAUCCCAUCCCCCCUGUUUGACCGACCCUAAUUUAAAUGCAUUUACGUACGAAUUUUCGAUUAUACACAUGAUGCCAUGUCUUGUAUUAUUACAAUAUUAUUUUUAUAUCGUUCGUUAUUCAAUCAGUAUAAUAUUCCGUGUUAUAUAAUAUCGUCCCCUACGCUUGCAGACCACUAUAAAUACAUAUGUUCAAAGGGAUUAGCAGUGUUCGAAUCGAGGGAGAGAACACCUUUUGUUUUCUGUUUUUUUUUUUUAGCGUCCCCUCGCUAUAAUUAUGUCUACCGGGACGGAGAAACGGUUUUGGUACGUCUCUUUUUGCAAAUAAUGAUAUUUUCGAAAAACUGGUAUCAACUCGAAUUUAAUUUUUAAUGUUGUACAUUUUUCUUUUGGAAUUUAAUAUUAUAGUCAAGGGGGUUCGGGACAGCAUUCAUAUAAUAUAAUCAACAAAACAAGAAGGUACCAUAAAAAGCACUUUGAAAUGCAUAUUGCAUAAUAUUAAUAAUAAUAUUAAUAAUAUUAAUAUUGCAUAUUGAACUCAUUGUAACGUGACAUAAAUUUAGUACUCUGUUCGAUUUGAUGAUACGUCAUAAAAUAAACUGCAGACGCUAAAAGCCCCGAACCGUGAUUUUAAUACUAUUAAUAGUAACAUACAUACAAUAAAUACAAAUUUAAACGAAAACGAGGUAUAUAAGCAUAUUAUUGAUUCGGUGAUUGCGAGGGACGGUAAUUUGUCUUAGGUCUUGCAUAGUCUCUUAUUUUUUAUUUUUCAAAUGCGAGUCUACUGUGGGUUAUUAUAGCUUACAGUAAAUCCGAAACUAUAUAUUAUGAACAACUCGUAGUGAAAUGGAGCGCGAAAUAGGUAACGGUGUCCCUAAAAAUUAAUGCAACGAGUAUUUCCCGUAUUUUAAUCUACAGGAUUUGAUGGGAUUAUCACGAAAAUUAUUUUACAGCAGUAGAUAGUUUAAAUUUUAAAUUAUAUUUAUAGCAGCAGAAUUAAUUUAGUAUUAUACAUCCUGUUAUAUCGCAUUGUUUCGAUAUCAAUACAAUAUACUACAAUAUACUACUGUCAGGGGUCAAGUGUAUCAAACGAUGUCCAGAAAAAAACGGUAUGAGCAUAUAGAUCACAUGACGUCGAAGCGGAAAUCAUGGGAAAAUUUCAUAAAAAAGCGAUUACUGCCCGUUUAGCCGUCCGCAGCGAUAAAGUCGCAUACUCCGUCGUUUUUUGCCAUAAUUUAUUCAACACGUAAUACAUUGGCGUCUUAUGGUUCAAAAAAUGAAAACCCAAAAAUCGUCUCGACUAAACAACUUUAAAUUUACAUAAUUAUGGACGUGUGCGCGUGUGAAAAUACUCGUUAACGACGAAAACUAAAAAUACUGCAUGUAUCAGUGUGCUCGACUUUUCCAAAAUCCAUGACUACAGAAAAUCGCAUUUUAAACGUUUACUUUUAAAUACACGUAAAAAAUGAACUAUUGUUUGGCCCCACCAUCUGUGUGUAUGUUAUCAUUAUUAGGCUCAUUGAUUAAUCAGAUGAGAAAUCCGGUGUAUUUCGAUAUCCCUUGAAAAUCGACUAUCAAUUAUCAAUCCAGUGUUCCGUCGGACUGAAAACUAGAUAAGGAAAUUUUUUUAAAGAAGAUACAUAUGGUCGGAUCGAACAGUUGUCUAUUUUAAAUGAUGUUAAAAAAAGGAUCACCGGCGGCGGCUGAGAAAAACGUAGAAAUAAUUUACAGUUUCUUACCAACUUGUACCAACAUGACGUAUCUUACAAGAAUAUUGAUACCUACUAAGAAUAAUUAAAACAUACUCCAUAUCAGAUUUAAUUUCAUAUAUUUGUGACAUAUUUGUCCUAUAUUUAUACAUACUUAAAUAUUGUAUUGUCCAUUGUCCAAGAUUCGAUAAUAGGUAAAUAGCUAUGCAAACGGCAUCAACCGCCGCACCGUGGCCAAACUAUAAUAUUAAACUUGUAGUAAAAUCACACGGAAUAAUUUAUUAUUAUUAUACCAAGUUCAAAUUGUGUUCAUCUGGGGUCAAUCAUGAUGUCGCUAUGUUAUUAGCUUAAUAAAUUGACGAUUAACACCCGUAUUGGAUAACAUGAGAAGCAAAAGUAGACUGCCGACCAAUCACUAUAAGGUUCACUCCGAAAACUUCAAAGAUUUUACAGUUUUUCCUGGCACUAUUUUGCUCUUGAAUAUUAAUGUAUCACCUAUAUCCACCACAAAAAAAUAGAUAGCCCAUACACUUCAAUGUGGUGUCACAUAAUGAUUAUCGUAGGAGUGAAAAUGUUCCAUCUCUUAAAAUAAGUAUUAUCAUAAUGACACGACUUUUGUGUUUUAACAGGUUUGCGGGUCAGCGUAUCUGAGUUGGAUCCCGUGUUUAAAAAUUUACUCUAGUUGGGUCCCAGGUUAAUGCGGCUACUAUACUAAUUGGGUCCCAAGUCCCCACGAAUAAUAUACUAGUUGGGUCCAAGAUUUCAGCUGGUUGUACACUAUUUGGGUGUUUAUUUAAUUGUGAGUAAAAUAAAAGUUCUAAAAAUGAUCCAAGUAGACACUUAGAUCAAUAUGAGAAGUAUGGAAAAACAAACGACAGGAAUGUAUUUUACAAAAAGAACAAUUUAUAAUGGAGAAAACGACUGAAAAAAACAUUGGCAACAUAAAUCAUUUUGACUUUGUCAAAACGCUCUCUUAUACAUUUAUACUUAGUCAAAUAUCAGUGCUAUCAUUGUAAAUUGGAACAAAACUAGCGGUAGAAAAGUUAUUCACAGGAAAAAAAGUACAAUUCUUCUCAGCUUCACUCAAAAUCUAAUAAUUAUAAAUUAUAAUAUAAGUACAUACGUAUUUCCGUUAUGAACAGCGCUGGAGUUGAUCGUAAAAUGACGAAACAAACACACACGAAAGAAAUCACGUUUUGUUUCAUGAAACUUGCUUACAAAAUAUUUUUGCCUUAACGUUUUGGAUCAGUAUGUGUCGUUUCAUUUAAACAUACGUGUGUUUAACUAACAAAAUAAAUUUCCCCAGUGUAUCAUCAGCCUUAGGAAACUAAUAACUUCCUUGGAGUAGUAUUAGAAUUGGGCGUGGUGGAUUUUUUUUUCAACGAUUGUAUUGUUGUGUCGAUUAAAUCAUUGCUCUGACUACUAACAUGCUAGUACUUAGUAGAUAUUACAGUAUCCACUGUUGUCGAAUGGUAAAAGUAUUUAAGUAUUUGUAUCAUUACAUACAAAUCAACAUUCGUUAUUAUGUUUCAAACGGCUAAUGGCGUGUCCUUAAAAUCAAUUUUUUUUUUUUUUUUUGGCUUACAUCCAUGGUGACUAUUUUUAUCGACUAGAUUGUAGGUUUCAGAUUUACACUUUACAAACUUAAAUUUCUUGGAGCAUCAAAUUUGGACCAAUAUUGUUCCACCCUUCAUAGUCCGUUUUUUUUCGUGUUCUUAAUAUUUGUAAUCCGCGUAUCUCCAUUAAAGUAUUAUUACAGUUAUUACUUAUUAAAAUGGUUAAAUUUAAAUUUGAAUUCACUGUAUCACUAACGUAUUACUUAUCAGAAUAUUGUUCGUUUGAAUGCUAAUUGAUUUUUUUGAUUUAUUAAGAGCUAUCCUGUGUUUUUUUUUUUUUUGAUUUGUCUAUGCUCGCACAGUCCAUUAGACAUUCACAUAAACGCGCUGCAGCAGCAUUUACACAGAAGGAGGGGGGCUGUAUAAAUCAGGAAAAUAAUAUUCAGUAAUGUUGUUUGAAUGAAUAAUAAAAACCGAUGGUUCUCAAUCUAACAUGAGGAUCGCUUCGCUUAGUUACUCGAGUGCGAACUCAUGUUAUACUUUUAAUAGAAAAUAAACCUCAAUUCGUUAUGCAAAAUCUCGUCGGGUAGAUUGCAGAAGAAACUCUGUGAUCUAAAAAUAUUUACUUUACGACGUAAAAAAAUAUUUUGGUGAUAAAUGAUUAUUAUUAUUAUUUCCCCGAUUAUUACGUUCGUGUGUGUUAUUUUCCUAUGUUCUAUGCGUCCUCGAGGAAGUAUGUGGAAUGCGUGUUCACCAAUAACCGGUUUUAUUUCUCUCUUUGGACAUCAAAUUAUCGUUAUGUGGUGUUUUAUUUAUGUUUUCAAUUUGUAUUGGUCCGGGUAAUAUACAUUUAUUUUUAUAUAACAGUAAAAUAUGAGAUUUCGUUUCAAAACGCGUGAUGUUCUGCUUGCGAUGUAUUAGUUUUCAAUAAACUAUAAUAAUUCGAAACCCGUUUUUAAUUCCUAGUGCUCAACGGUAAAUUAUGUGACUCGUUUAUAAAAGAAGAGCGAAAAAAAAAACCUGGGAAGUUUAUGGAACUAACGGAUUGGUUAUUUUCGAUUAUAUUUUUUUUUACUAUGGUAAUUUGGUUAAAAAUAAUCGUAGACCUGAAAUUUACAUAGAACUUUAUAUUAGUCUUUUCUAGGUAUGGUAAACAUAGAUUUUUAAGCUAUUAGGUAUAAGUUAUUAUAAUAUUAUAAGUUGUUAUUAAUGGUAAAAAAAAAGUUGAGUAUAAUGUAGUUUUUUUAUAAGGAUUUUAUGGUCAAAUUUUGACGAAAAUCAUAAACAUUACUGCAGUUCUGAACAUGUAUAACUAAACUUCGCUCAAAACCGUUUUUCGUUAGCAAUAGCUUUUCACUGUAUACAGAUAUAGAUAAAUAAUUCUAUUGCCUGGUUGCACCAAACCCGUAGUUAUCUAUUGAUAAAUCUAGUGUUAAAUAUUUACAUGAUGAUAAACUAUUAGUUGAUAAAUUAAAGUUUUAUCGUGUGUUAAAUUUACAAGAGUUGCUCAAUCAUGUUUUUAUAUUCUGGUUAUUACCAGAAUACUGGUUAUCAAUAAGUAGUGGCUGUAGAAGUUAAUAUUAUUAUUACCCAUAAAUUAUGAUAUCAAAUAUGAAUUAAUAAUAUAAUAAUAUUAUCUAAUGUUUUCAAUUAUCACCAGUCACCAUAAUAAUGCAAAAUAUUGAUAACGAAAUUUAACUAUAGAUAUAUACAUAUUUAUACAGCGAUAAAUGGACCUUCAAUGUAACUCUUGAUAAACUACAUUUUUAUCAACAAAUAAAAUUUAAAGCGUGGUUGGUGCAACAGAAUUUAGUUUAACUACAGAUAAACAAGUUAUCUCUGUGUAACUAUUUAGUUGGUGCAACCCAGCAUAUAUAUCUUAUCUUCCUAACUUUUCACCUAAAACAGUUGCACACACAUUUCAAGUAUUAGCAAUUUUGUUUCACUAGGAAACUAAAACUGGAAUUUAGAUUCACGAGAAAUAUUUUUUGUCUAUCCUACUACACUAUACAUAUACAUAGAUACAAAUUUAAAAUAAUAAAAUCAUUAACACCAUAAAUUUGUUAGCUUUUUUUUUUUGCGAAAACUGCUUGAAAAAUCAAAAAAUGGACCAACUAAAUCCAAAUUUCAACAAAAAAAUUGUAUUGUCUUUUAUUGAUUUCUGGUAAAAAAGUUGUACACAGACACAAAAAAAAAUUAAAAAAUUAAAAAAUAAAUAAAUAAGCACAAAUCACAGUAAAACCGAUUCAUUAACCACACUGUUCAGAAUCUAAUAAAUUACAAUAGUUUUGUAUUAUUUAAUAAUUUAUUAAAACUCAUAAUUCAUAAUUUUUAGUAAACACUAAAAAAAAAAAAAAAAAUCGAUUUUAACAAAAUUGUGUUUAUUAAAGUUUUUAUAUUUUAUUUUUUUUCGAUUUUGUUCUAUUAUUAAGACACGUACAAAUAAAAUCAAUUAAGGGACAAGUCUAAUGCACCAACUUGACAGAAUCGUCUGCUAAAAACCACUCCUGGUGUUGAUAACUGAAGAGCAAAAUUUCUGGUUGAAAAAUUAUUAAAAAUUAAAUUAUUAUUUAUCUUUUCAUUUAUUUAUGUAGUUAUUAUAAAUUUAUUUUUGUAAUUGAAAAAUCCUCGGGAAGAGGAUAGGAGCAUUUGUCCCGUCGUCUCCUUCAUCCUAAAAUGCACCACUGACUGUUAACAGUUUUGUUGAUAAAAUUUAUCAAAGCUUAUUUUCAUAUCUGUUGUAUGAGUAAAACUGUUGUACAAUAAAUAUGGUAGUGAGUAAAUGUCUCGAUUGAUAAGGUGAAUUAAUACGUAAGUGAACAUGUAGACGUGAAUAAAAAAUUCGUAAUCACGUUUAAUUAAUACACGUGAAUUUACUAUCUUUGUUUUCGUGUUUUAGUACUAUUCGAGAAAAUACGUAAAUAUACGUGUAAAUGUUAAUAAUUAAUAACGUUUAUUUCGAUGUAAUAAACGUGUACUUACACGGUUUUAUAGAUUUGAAUGUUAAUUUCACGUUAAUAGAGUGUUCUAAUAACGAGUAACGCUACUUAGGACUUAAACCAUGGGUAUAGUAUAUCAAUUAAACUUUAAGUGAUUUUUACCAUGUGUAAACAAUACAAUCAAUAAACUAUUUCUGAACCUUGGUUAAAACCUAGGAUAAAUCUAGUUAAAUAUUUGUAUAUGAUUAACGCUGUUUAUCUUCGAGGGCUUGACUAUAGGAGACAUUUUUCCUUAUAAUACUUAAUGCAGAUAAAUCUAUCAUUUAUAAAAUAUAUUUACAUUUACAGUAACUUACGUAUAAUAUUACGCCUAAGUUACAAUCAACUAUUUAGAAUUCUGAACUUCCUCGCACGCGUGUAUUUUAUACUGAAAAUAUUACGAAGUUGGAAAUUCGGGCAUUUUGAGUAUAAAAAAAAAAUCCUCGUAAAGAAUGUUUAAAAUUAAAUAACAUCAAACGGAUGUUCUUAUGUUCUAUUAUAUUAGCUUAUACAAUAUAUUAUAUUAAAGCCUUAUAGGUACUUGGUACUUCACCAAAAAUGUAAGAACAAUUUCGAAAUUGUAUUAUUAAAAGGCAAGGUAAAUUAAUAUUAUAAUAUUAUAAGCACUUGGUAAUAUUAUCUUUCAUCGUUUGAAUUUCUACACCGAACAAAACGGUACUUAAUAUAAUAUCGUAUAACAAUAUGAAUGGUACCUAUCAGUACUCGAAUUGGGAAAAUAAAAAAAGAAGGGCUAUAAGAUUUAAAAAAAAUUAAUGUCCUUUGCAAUUAUUAAACUCAACUAGAUCCGUGUGCUACUUGAAAAUUUUACCAUGUCGGAAAAAGGGUAAUAUAAAUAUUUUGUGCAAAUUUCUGGUCUCUUUGAUUAUUUUUACCAGAUUCACUAAAAAAAAAAAACGAAAAACAAUUGCUAGGUAUAACGAAAAGAGAUUCGGAGCAAAGUUCGAUUAUGUAUGUUUUUAAAGACCGUAAUAUUUACGGUUUUCGUCAAAAUUUAAUAUUAAAAAUUGUAUUCAAAAAAUACUACAAUAUAAAAACUUAUUUUUUUUUUACCUCAUAGUACGACUUAUAAUGAACCUCUUGUUGAAUUUUCAAGCAUUUUUGUUUUUCUAUUAAUAUUUUUUUCUACAAAAUACCUACCAAGUAUAAAUUAUUUAAAAACUCGCAAAAUUAAAAUGUCUAUAAAUAACUAAAUAACGACUCAAAUGUUUUUAAAAUUAUACUACGUCAAGAAAUGGCAAAUUAUAAGUUUUCUGCUAAGUUUCAUGUCUCUACAAAUAUGUUUGACUGAAUUACAACAAUAAACCAAAAUAGAAAAUAAUUAAAGCAUUAUUUUCGUUAACUUUUAAAUCUGUCUACGGUUUUUUUAUCUGUUUUGCUCAAUUAAGCGAAAAAUAAAAAAAUAAAACUAAUAAAAACAUUAUUAUUUCUUCAAUACCAAUGCUGUAUUACAUCUGUGAUAAAAUGUACCUACCAGACUAAAAAAAUACAUAAUGUAAUUCUAAUCGUUUAAUAUACUAGCUGUGUGGUCGUAUAUUAUGAUUAGUUUUAUCUUUGUUUGAAAUUACUCAACAUUACCUUAUGAUGCACUAAAAAGUUGAUAUAAUUUUAUAAUAUUUUAUCAUUUUAUAUCCGUCUUUCGUUAUUAUUGUUAUUGUUUAUUUUUUACUUAGGUAAUACUUAUUUUUGUAUAUUUACGUAAAGUUUGCUUCGAUUGUGGUGGGGGAUCUCAAUCGAUUUGAAUGAAAAUAAUCCGGACAAUUAUUGCGGAUUAGGUGCAAAUAAUAUCUAUAAUUUCUCAAGUCCUUAUAAAUUCAAUAUCAUAUUAUGGAAAAAGACGAAUUCAUGCAGCUUCCCUUCCCACUUUCGCCGAUCAUCGUCGGAAUACCAUUAAAUAAUUGUAAAUUAAUUGAUAAUAUAAUAUUUGUUUCGACAGUUUUUUUACUAGGAUUUUUCGAACAUUUUCAAAAUUUUCGAACAUUAACAAUAAUAAUAUAUAGUUGUUAUAGAUAGGCGCACUAAUAAUAUAAAAUAAUGAAAAUACAUAAUUAUGUCUAUAUGUAAAUUAUUUUUUUUUUUUAAAAAAAGUUGAUACUGCUGAUGAAUGUACUACUAUUUUAUGGAGAAAGUUGGAAGGAAAGAAUGAUAGAAUUAUUUAAUUUAUACACGUAUGACACGAAAAAUAUUAUUCUGAGCAAAGUUCGAUUAAUAUGUUUUUAAAUACCGUGAUUUUUAUAAUUUUAUAAUUUCCGUAAACAAUUUCUUUCUCUGUAGACCUCCUUUUUAACUAUAUAUUUACUUAGCUUAAAUCAUAAAAAUAUAAUUCUAAUAAAUCAAUAAAUUUUUGUUAAGAACCACCUGUUUUAAAUAUAUUUAUUUAAUGAAUGUCUGUAAACACAAAUAGUAGGUACUGUAUUUUAUGAAAUAUUAUAUAUUAUGUAAUUUACGAGAUGUAUAAUGGAGAUGAAAACAAAUAUAAUCGUUAUCUGUGAACAAUUUUUUACCAAAAAACUAUUGCUUCGAUCAACAACAUAUGUGGUGGGUAGGUAGCAAUUUUGGUUUAGUUGGUUUAGUUUUUGAUUUUUCCGGUAAUUUUUUUUCAUAAUUCAAAAAAUUGGGAAUUUUUAAUAUGCAAAUACAUAAUCAUACUAUACAAACCAAUGAUUUCUCUUUAUAUAAUAUUAAAAUUUUUUAUCGUCAAUUUAAUAUACAUUUGUACCAUAAUAUUAUGCAGUUGUAUUUUCCUACGUGUAAUUCGCUCAUGUUAAAUACCUACUAAUUUUUUAUGAAGAACAUCAUUCGUGUUGUUUUCGUUCCCUCCAUUUGUGUUAUACACGUUUAAAACAAAUUAUAAUAGAUAAUAUUCAUAAUCGUAUUGGUACCUAUAUUUAAAAUACUAUAAUUUACAUAGGUGCAUAGAUAGAACACACAACUUCAAAAUGAUUUGUACUAAUGGAUUUCACUUAAAGUCCUAUACGUAAGGUAUAUGCACUUCUUUUAUACACUGACAGACCACAAUACCGCAUAGUAGGCCGGAAUUCAAUUCUAAGCGGUUGAAAAUGUUUUUUUUUUUUAAUUCUGAGCAGAGCGAGGAAUGUAUUGGUUUUACAAUGUUGUUUACCUUUUUUUUUAACUGUGAAGACAUUUUCUACUAGCAAUUUUGAUCCGAUUUACAAUAAUAGAACUUUUUCUAAAAGGAAAUAUGACUGGAUUGAUACUUUUAUAGGUAGGGUUAUUCUUUGUUUUCCGUACUGUUUUUAUAAUAAAUGGGAAAAACCGGGAAAAAACAUUGGGAAAAACGGGAAAAUAGGUACAAUAUUUAACAAAUAUCAUUAAAGAAAAUAUAUAACGCAUAUAUUACAGAUACCCAUUAAAUUUCCCCUCUACCUUCCCAACUUUUCACCUACAACAGUAGCCCACCCACGUGUGAAGUGUACCCGUCUUUUUUUUUUUUAAUUGAUUAACAACAAUACUUUUAAAAAUACGGGAACUUAGGACAUUUUUCGUGCCGACAUCUUCGUCGUUAAUUCACAACCGACACACAUGAUCCGUCGAUCCUCUAUCGAAUUAAUAUAUAUAUACGUAUAUAUAUAAAAUAACACGAUUCAAUUUUUUUUUUAUACAAAUUUGUUAAUAAAUAUUCAAUGUUCGCGUUAAAAGCACUUACUCUAAACAUGGUGAAUGACGCAUCACUUUAAUUGAUGACCUCGACAACGAACCGUCGAUCCUUUUGUUAUAACGAAUACUCGCUCUCAUAGAACUCAACGUAGAAGCGCAAGCGACGAAAUCAGUAACGACAAUAACGACGUGAUACCUAUUUACGUACACCCGUUUACGAAGUGAAUGCAUAUAGCCAAAUGGGGAUCUCAUUGCACUCAACAAUGACUAUGGAAUAUUUAAGAUUAUGAUUAUAGAAGAAGAACCGUGAUUAUAAAUUAUGUAUUAUAGCCAUAUUAUAAUACACAAUUUAUAGUAUUACCUAUAAUACGGUAUUGUUAAAUUUUAAGGCACGCCAUUUGAAAUUGGUUAAUCAGAAACGGUUGAUACAAUAUAUGGUAUGGGAAAAUGCUGAAAAAGUAACGGAAAAGCAGGUAACACCAGCACUAGCUAAUGAGUGAAUAGUAUGACCUUCAUACAUACCAACCAAAUAAAAUUUGCUUUUAGAAAAGAUAUCACUGUUAAAAUUUGGAGUAAGAUUACUGAUAGAAAUCAAAAAUCGAAAAAAUGUACAGUAAUGAAAUCAAUAGCGCCGUAAAUAUUUGUCCGUUGUCCCAUUACGUUUUUAUUGGUUUUCCCCUAUUACUUUGAAAACCACUUGAGAAGUCGACAAAUGACUUCCCCGAUUCACCAAUUAAAUUCAAAGUUUAAUAAAAAAGGCCUCCUGUUAUUUUUUGAUUGUAGCAAAAUAUCUGGUAGGAAAGUUGUGCACACACGAAAAAAUAAAAUAAAACUCGCACAUCAUAGUAAAACCAAUAAAUAAAAAAAAAAAAAGUUUUACCGUACAAUUUAAAACUAGUCGAAAAAUUAUAUUAAAUCAUACUUCUGUGUAGUUCAACGGUUCCUAACCCAGGGGGGAUAUUCCCCAAGGGGUAAAACAGGAUUUUAUGAGGAGAAAGACGAGAAUAAUUUUUUUAUUUGUAUUGUAUAUACGCUUAUUUAAUUAUUAUUAAAUAGUUUUUUUUUUAUCCAACCAAUGAAAGUAUUAAGAUGUUAAAUAUUACUACACGAAUUAUAUUAUUUCAGAUAUUUAUUAUAGCUAUUUACCCAUAUGAGCAAAUUCCAAUAGUUUCUUGUAGGUUUUAUCAUAUUUAUUGUUAUCUUAGCUUUUUAAAAUUAUUUUUAAACAUAUUGUAUAAACAUUAUUGACUAAAGGUCGCCGAUUCUUUUAUAACGGGCAAUCAGAUAAGAUGGCAGAUAUCUAAUUAAUUAAAAAUGAUAUCAAUAUUUAGUGGUUCACAACUGUCGGUCGUUCAUUAUUAAUAAUUUGGCGUGGUAUUCCCGGUUAAAAAUAUAAUUUAUUUUUUUUGUCUUUUAAACUAAAUAUUUUAAGGGGUAUUUGCUAAUAUCUAACCCCGGUUUAUGGGUAAUAGACUCAAAUUAGUCGGAUAUCACUGAUGUAGUUGGAUAUACUCCAAUUACCAAAAAAAAAAUUAUUAUUCCUUUUACUUCGAUAAAUGUUGAACUUGAGAGUUGAAUUUCAGGCUUAUUUGUUUUCCAAAAAUUGAUAGUUUGUUUUUUGUUUUUUUUUCUUCGUAAAACUUAACUAUUAAUGAAUGUAUUUUAUGAAAAUCAGGUUUUUAUAUUAUCUAAUCAUAAUGGUAUAAUUAAUAGUCCUAAUAAAGGCCAUCAACACUUGUUCGUGUUAGAACCGUCAGUGACGGAUCCGGGGAGGGGAGGGUAAAUGACCCCGUUGCUUCCCACCCAAACAACGUAAUGGAGUAGUAUGUUUUGGUUUACAAGGUAUUUUAAUUUACUAUUUUUAGCGUUACCUAUAUUUGCACUUUUGCCCCUUCAAAAAUUGAGCUCUAGACCGUCGGGUUGCAUGAUAUAACGUCUUUCGCGAUAUUGUUACAGUUUUCUUGUGCUAUAGAAAAUAUGAUUAUUUAUUAUUAUUACUUUUUGUCUACGAUGAUUGCCUUGAGUUCGAUAUUUUAUUGGCUUACAGCCAUGGUGCGUGACUGUUCACGGGUCGCGUUCCGAAUUCGCACGGAUUUGACGUGCAUGAUUUGCCCGCUGUGCCCAGACGUGGCCUGCAUUUGCGUACUUGAUGUUUGAAAACAUAUUCACAAUCAUAUAAUAUAGAUUACAUUGUACAUAUUUUGAUGCAUACUAUAAAAAAAAAAGUUCUUUUGCUACCUACCCAAACGAGAUGUUAACAGUGUAUAAAUACAAACACGAAUCUAAAAAUUGAAUUUGUAUACACGUACCUACAAGAUUCCGUAUGGUUUUUAAAUGUUGCCAUUGCGAAAAACAAAUAUUGUUAUGUGAAUAAACAUGGCAAACCAUAGAGCAUUCCAGGUUUUGAAAACGAAUUUUGGAAUUGUAACAGAUUUUGUAGGAAAUUUCACAAGUUUAAUUUGAUACCAAAAUAUCGUGUUUUUUUGAAUGACGACCAUCAAUUACGAUUAUCGAUUAUUGUCAAAAAUCCAUACAUCAUUAAGUUAGGUAAACAAUAUUGUUUAUCAAUCUCAAUGCUAUAAAUUUAAUUUUGUAGAUCAAGUUCGAGAUUUCAAUGUCAAUGAGGUACGUUGUACAAAUAAACCUAUACCUAACUGAAAAAUAAAUAAUAUGAUAAUAUUUUAUAUAGGUAUUGUAUUUAAUUAUGUUAUAUUUACUCGGUGCAUAAUUAUUGAAUUGGAGACGAAAAAAAAAUACAACUGUUAUCUGUGAACAAUUUUUUUACCAUCUUCGAUCAAUAACAUCAGUGGUGGGUAGGUACCAAUUUUGGUUUAGUUGGUGCAUUGGGGAUGCUAUUUUAGAUUUUUUUUGUACAUUUUUCACAAUUAAAAAAUCGGGAAUAUUAUGUACACGCAAAUACGCAAUAUCAUAUACAAAUCAACGAUUUCUUUUUAUAUAAUAUUACAAUUUUAUAUACAUAGGUACAUAUGCAGUUGUAUUUUCCAACAGGUAAUUUAUUCAUAUCGAAUAUCCAUUUUUAUUUUAUUUUUUUUUUUUUUGUAAACCAUGAUCAAUCAAAUAUCGGAGCGUAUUUUUCUAACAUUAUUCGUGUUGUCUUCGUUCCCUCCAUUUGCGUUAUACACAUCUAAAACAAAUUAUAAUAGAUGAUAAUGAUAAUUAUAUAUUUGGUACUUAUAUGUAAAAUACUUUACAUACUUUGCUAGAUAGUACACUUGACUCCACAAUGAUUUGUACUAAUGGCGUUCAAUUAAGGUCUUAUACGGUCUUUGGGUCUUAAGUCUAAUGCACUACAUAUACUCCGAGGGGCCAAGAAGGGCCGUGCCUCACCCCUUGACAGUUAUAUUAUAUUUUUAGUUGUAAUAAUACAAGUUUAUAAUGAUUAUAAAUCGUCGUUCAAAUUUCAGUUAAACAAAUUAUUACGAUUGUCGAUUAUGUUGGUACUUGAUUGUAUUCUUAUCUGUAUUUUAUAUUUAUUGUUCAAUGUUGAAAAUGAAUAUAAAUAAUUUUGGGCCCCUUCCCCUUAAAAAAUCCUUAUCCACCACUAAUUUGAAUAGCAGUUUUAAGUCGAACAAUAUACCUAAAUCUUCGAAUAAAGAAGAAUCUAGAAGACUUAUAUUCGAUAUAGAGUAGUUAAAAUUAAUUUGUUUAUGUUUUUUUGAGAAUGAAAUAGCUUGAGAUUUAUUUAUAUUUAAAGAGAGGUCAUUUAAAAUGCACUAAUCUUUAAAAUUAUUUAAAUCUUUUUAUAAUAGUAUGUUAUCUUUAAAAGAUGAAAUGGAUUUGAAAUCAUUCGUAUCAUCAGUAAAAAGAAUUAUGUCUGAAUAAGAGAUAGAAAAAACCAUAUCGUUAAUAAAUAGAUUGAAGGAGUGGAAAUAGGUGAUCACCACCAGAAGGUACAAAUAUAAGAAAUUAUAUAAAAUGUUUAAAUUUUACAAAUUGGGUUUGAUGUGAUAAAAAAUAAUUUAACCAUGAUAGGGCUAUGCGAAGCCAAUUUUGGUAAGUUUUUUAAUUGGAAAGUCCGGUUAACUUUAUCAAAGGCUUUCUCGAAAUCGAUAGAUAGCAUCUGUUUAAUGAUGAUUUUUAAAGGAAUUUAAUACAUUAUGAUGUUUCAUCAUUACAUAUUUAGUUGGUAAUGAUUGAUUUAUGACUGCGAAAACCAUGUUGUUUGGGGUUAAUAAAAUGCUCUUAAAAAGAGGAAUAAUUUUAAAAGUUAUAAUUUUAGAGAAAAUAAAAAUUAUAGAAAUUGGUUGGUAAUUUGAAAUUCUGGAUUUAUUUAAUUCUUUAAAAAUAGGAUAAACAACACAGAUAGAUUUCCAAAGAUAACGAAAAAAUCUACUUUUUAGGGAGUCAUUGAAGAUAUUUUAUUUUAUUUUUAUACUAAUACAGACCGAGGCCCAAAAACAUAAAGUGAUAUAACAUAAAGAAUAACAGCAAUAACAGAUUCAUUCGAUAAAUAGUUUAUGGGUGGCUAAAAGUAGGGUCUUCAUUAGUAAGACGCAUAAUAUGAUAGAGGGGGGAGUUUAGUAUAUAAUUAGAAGAGGAAAAAAGAAUAACAGAGGGACAAGUAUCUAGUUUUACAAGGAGAACUUUAAAAUUGAUUUCUGACUGUCGAUUGGAUUUGAUAGAAGUUUAGAAAUAAAUGAUAUAUUCGUAGAAAACCUAGGUCACAAACAAAAUUAGAAGAAGUGAUUGGUGUAUCAUGGAUGAUUUAAUCGAAUAUAAUUGGAUUAUUGAUAUGAAAAUAAGACAUCUUGAUACAUUUAGAGAUAUUAUGUGUCAAUCCCAGGGAUUUAUCCCAAUGUACCAAUCGGUCAAUGUCCGAUUAGAGAAGAAGGGCUUCAUAGGUAUUUUGAACAUGCAUAUAUAGUUUUAUAUCAUCAGCAAACAUAAGAAGGUGAGCAUGAUGUAGAACAGAGGUAGUACCAUUGUCCAUUAACCAGAAUAUUAACAUUGAAAAUAUAUGGAAGAGAUUAAAUUGAUGGAUAUUAUGGUUUGACAUAUUACUCAUAGAUCUUAAAAUAGUUUAAUAUCAUGUUUAUGACAAAUUUCGAAACUCGUAAUCAUAAUUGUUAUAUAUAUAUAUAUUAAAUAUUAUUCAUUGUAUAUAGUAUAUACAAUAUACAUAAUAUUAUGCUAUUAUAAUAACUACUACUAAUACUACUAGUACUAAGUACUCUUACUGUGCAAUAUACAGAUCAUGGCUAUAGAUAGUUGCAAACUAGAAAACAUAAAUAUAGAUAUUAAACUAGAUUGCUAAUUAGUCAUAACUGUCGACACCAAAAAUUAUCAUGUUGCCUUGUAUAAGUUUCUGUAUUUUAAUUAUUUUGCUAUUCUUUCUUAAUAAAUUUCGUUUUAUAUACGUAUUUGUAUUUUAGAUAUGUUUAUUUAAAUUAAACUUGUUAUUAGUAUUUUAUUGCUGAUUAAUAAUAAUUACUAAUGUACAAUUGUUUCUAUUGCCACAUUUUUUAUUUGAUCUCGUUCUAUUGAUUCAUGGUUAAUGACGAAAAAUUGGUGAGUAGGUAAUUUAUAAAAUUUAAUUCAUUGUAUAAUGGCUUUGGGCUUGGCUUUUGAUACUUACUAACUUAACAUAAAAUAAACAUGCCUUAAGGUUAACUAUAUUCUAAGCCAAACAUAACUUUUGCGUUUGCUAAUUAAUUAUAAAUUAAAAUAUAUGAUAUAACUAAUAUUUUAGAGACUAUAUUAUUGUACACAAAUUAUAAUACUUGAUUUAAUUUUUAUUUUUAUUAUUAUUAAUAUUUAUUAGUUGCUUGAAUGCUUGAUGGUUUUUUAAUUUAUUGACAAAAUAAUGGCUAGUCAAAAAAACUCGGCGGAGUUGAAUUUCUAAGUAAAGCAAAAAUUAAGGCUAGUAAAUGCUAGUAAGGUGGUGGCCACCACAUAAUAGUAUUAUAAUGUAAGCACUAUAUGAUUAAGUACUUCACUAUUCCAAAUCAAAAUAAACCGCCUCGUGCAUGCUGAAUGGUUACUAUGAUGCAGGGGAUCGUUAAUCGAUUACGUUUAUUAUUCGGAAGUCAUGGGAGAGAACCGUUUUUAUUUUUAUUAGUUGGAUGUUUUCUUUCUAUACUGUGCAUGGGUGAAACCAUGCGGGAUCAGCUAUAUAGUGUUCACGGAGAUAAGCUGACAAUGCAAUAACUUUUGUUCUGUUCAAUAUUUAUUUUUCUACCUACUAGAGCCUUGCGCUAUGAUUCAUUUUAUAUUUGCAUUUUUCUUUUUUAAAUAAAAUAAAAGUAAAAUUGUUUUUCACAUAAUCCAAGAUCACAUACAAUUAUGUAUUGGUACAUAUUGUGAAAUAAAAUGUUGGCGUUAUAUUUAUUUGCCAAUAAUGAAUCGCUAAUUGUCUACAAUUGUGUUCAAGUUUACGAUAGUUUAAAUUGUUUUCAUUGCCACUAUACUACCAAUUAAUAUUAAUUGUUUCAUCAAUUUAUUUGUCUUUACAAAAUAAUUUUAUUAUCUAAUGAUUUUUGCAAACUAAAAAAAAUGUAGUGGCUGAACGAUUCAGUAUUAGUACAUAAGUAUUCGUCUUAUAUGAUACGUACUGAAAAAAAUUUAGUCUAAUACAAUAAGUACAAUACCUAUCCUGAAAUUUAUACCUACACAAAUAUGGCACCAGUUUAAUAUGAUAUAUUAUGUACUAACUAACGUACUUAAACCUUAAAUUAUAUUAUACAUACUAUUAAAUUUUGUUUGCAGGAAAAUAUGACCAGUUUGAAUCAGUUUGUUAAUAAAUGUUCAACAGUAAAAAAUUUUUAUAUCCCGUGUAUAUAAUGUAUUAUUAAUAUUGAUAGAUCCACACCAUUCUUCUUUUAAAAUAUCGCAUGAUAAUGGUUUUCAUUAAAUAAAUAAAUAAAUAAAUUGGUAUGAACUAUCAAAAAAAUCCAAAAAAAAAUACCAUGCACAAUAUGUUUUGGGUUCACAGAUAAUAUGUGUUAAUAAUAUUUAUCAAUAUUGAUUUUUCUGUUGGUAAUAAAUCAGAUAAGAUAAUCAAAAUUGUGAUUUAUCCUUUGUAAGUAACUGUGUAUAUUAUUACCUAUGCUAAGAAAGUUAUUUGGAUUAAGAUUGUUAUUUUGGAUUUUAUAAAUAUUUUUAAUUAACUAUUUUACUUUUAAAAAAAAAUUGUAUUUUUAGUUUCCAAAAAUAUAAAUUACAGGAAUCAUAGAACAAUAAUGAUUGUUAUAAAAAAAAAAAAACUUUAAAAUAUUGAACAGAACAAAAGCUAUUGCAUUUGUUAGAUUUUCGUGAAACAUCCUCUAUAAUAAUGUCUUAAAUAUUAGGUACACAAUAUAAUUUUAUAUUGCGAUUGACAUUUAAGUUGCAAAAAUAGUCGUGGUGACUCGCGGUUAUAAUAUUAUAAUUGUCUGAAAUCAAUUAACUGCGUCUGUCGUGUUGCGUACCUAAUAUGAUAUUUUAAUUUAUCUUGUACACAAUUAUUAUUUCACAGAAUAAUUAUUAAAAUAAAUCUAUCACAGUUAAAAAAAAAACGAAAGAAAUUCACGAAAUGUGUAUUUAUUACCUAUCAUUUAAAUGUCUAUUUACAAGCAUUUUAAAAAAAAAUCUUCGUCUACUCUCGUUUUAAAUAUUUUUGUUAAUUGGUUUUCUCUCUUUACACUAAUUAUAAAUGGAUUAUGUCUAUUAUGUAUUAUUUUUUUCCUUGUAAUAAUAGUAACAUUAUUUUAUUAUUGUUGACAAUGGUUUUCUCCAUCGCUAUUUCGUGAACAAGACUAAUAAUUAUCAUAACAAAAAACACGUCUAUAUUCUACACAAUAUUAGAAUAAAAUUAAUCGACUCCGACCGCAGUCGUAUUUUUAUAAACCAGUCAUUACGUAAGUGAUAAAUUUGUUAAAUAAGUAAUCUGUUGAGAAGUAAUACUUGAGAAGUAAAUAUUACUUUACCAUUUUACGUGUAACUUGUUUUUAAUUGUUUCGUUCAAAUAGCUAUAAAUCAUGGUUUUUCAAACGUAUACCUACGAGUAAGACGACUAAAUGUAUUUCGAUAAAUUUUUAUAUUUUUCUAUGAUAAAUCGUAAUUUGUGAUAAAACUAGGGAAUCUAAAUCGUAAAAAAAAAAAAAUGCCAAAUGUCGGAGGUAUUUGUAAAUCACUUAUAAUUUACCAAACGUUAAUACAGUUUUGGUAUGUAUAUACUCAAAUAUAUUUAAAAGUUGAUGGGCGCAAUUGACGCACAACAUUGUAUAACAUCGGAGUAUCGAUCGGCGAAGUUGAUGUAUACCAUUUUUGCUAUCCCAUAUGUUUGUUUUUUCGCCUGCGAUUUUCGGCGCUAGUCGCAACUAAUAAACCGUAAACUUUAUACGCGUUUCAAGUUACAACGCAUUUGAUUUUAACAGCGUAAUUUUAAGUGUUUCCCCGUAAGAAUAUUCUAUAAUAUUGUAAAUAUAUUAUUAAAUGCCUUACCGCGUCUGCACCUGUAACAGCAUAUUAUGACAUAAUAAAACAAAAAUAAUAUAUUUUUCGUAACAAAUGUUGCAAUAACAUCCAUACAUCCACGUCAAAUUGAAAUAUUUUAUUAUAUUAUUAUUAUUAAUCAGAUGGUCGCAUCAUGACGACCCGUGAUGACAUUAUUAUUGCAGCAGCAACAUGCGUGAUUUAAUCCGCACAAUGGGUGGGCCACUGUUGUAAAUGAGAAGUUGGGAAUAUAGAGGGGAAUUUAAAUUACAUCUGUACGCAACGAUUGCUACCGAAAAACAAUUUGAAGCGAAGUUUUUUUUAUACAUGUACCUACAUUUUUCCGGUUUUCCCAAUUAUUACGAAAACCGCACGGAAAAUCAAAAAAUGACGUCUCUAAAGUACCAUCGAGAUAAAAUUAUCUUCAGAAAAGGUACUACACUUGAAAAAUCGGAGCAACGCUCGCUACUCUCCGAAUCUAACGUUUUGGUCGCCAUUACCUAAUAGAAACAAGUAUAAUAUGGUGGUCAUCUUUUAGACGAUUUUAGAACGUGCUGAUUUCUUAUCAGGUGAACUUUGACGUGACUAUUUGUAUAGUUAAUAUUGUAGAGCUUAAGAGAAUUUCAAAAUCAUUUAUUUAUCAAGUUUUCAGUCCAAAUUAAAUAAAUUAACUUAAUUCAAAUUCUAUUAUUUAACCCUUCCCCCCAAUAUCUAUACGUGAAAUGUUAUAGGCCAUAUGAUUUUCUCCUGAUAUUUUGUUGUUAUCAAUAAUGCGUUUUGCUGUAUAACACUAUAAUAUAUUACACAUAAUAUUACAUAACAUAUUUAUAAUAUGUUAUUUAACUUUGUUUCAUAACACUGCUUUGUAGCGAUGUUAACUAAUUAGACGUAGACAUGGAGUAAUUAAGAAUUAUUCUAUAUAUAGAUGUAUAAUGACAAUGCAUUAAGGUUAUCGCCCAAUACAGCGGUAUGCGGUAUGGUACCAAUACGGUAAACCAGUGGUGACCAAACUUUUUUUUUACAGAGGAUCAUAAAAAAAAGAAUAAUAAUUUUUGGCGAGCCAAGAAUUUAAACUUUUACUUUUAGUAUUUUAUUUUAGGUACAUCUUAAUGUAAUUGAAUCUUAAUCUUUAUUAUGUAUUGAUUGUUAUAUAUAAAUGAGAAAAAAAUUAAAAAUAUAAACAUCAUAUCUUUUUUUUUAAUGCGAGUGUUAAUUUUUGAAAUUUGACGUUAUUUUCAUUUUUAAAUUUUUGAUUUAAUACUUUGGUGGGUCGAUUUAUAAAUGAUCACGGCCCGAAUUUGUCACCACUGCGGUAAACAAUAUUUUAUUUUUAUGGUAAAUUAUUAUACUAUACUGUAGCUUUCACACUGAUCCGGUCCUCGAUAUGGGGUACCGGACGUUAAAAUAUCGUAUUGGAUUACCGCAACGUUUUUCGGUAAUCCGUACACUGCUGCGUUAGGAUAUUAAAAAAAAAAAUCUAACGACUCAAAAACCAGAUAAAAUUUCAGAAUAUAUGCUAUUCUUGUAAUUUGGACACAAAGAUUUCUGGCAGAAAAAUAUUAUAAUCUCAAAAAUGUUAAAUAAUAAAAUCGUUACGCCACGCAUAAUUUUUAUAAAAAGAAAGUCUUAUUAUUCGUUUUUUUUGGUUAUUCUCGAAUAUUAUGAAAACUGCUUUAGAUAUCGAAAACCUUACCCCUUCGUCAGCAGCUAAAAAUGAAAUGAAAUCGAUCUCUUGUAGUUCAUCGAUCGGAGCGAGAUUUCUGGUAGAAAACGUCGUUUUCAAAACAAAUUUAACCUAACCUAACCUAACCGGGACGUCAAGUUGCCGUAAAUAUCAAUUUUACGAGUUCCGGCAUGCGGUAAAAAUCAUGCGAACGCAUGUUUUAAAUAUACCGACGUGUGUUCCGUCCUCCAAUACGCUUGAGACCGGUAUAACAGGAUUUUUAUACUCACGAUAUUAUUUACCGUCCCCGGUAAAAAUAUCCAAGGAUAAAUUUACCUACAACAAAAUUUUAGAAAGGUAAAAAUAUCCUAGGUUAUAUUUAACUCCCGAUAAAUAUUUCUUAUGUGCUUUUACGUUUACGUAAAUUCAUGCGUAAAGUUGGGUAAAUAUAUCCUUGGUUAAUCUUACCACCGGUAAUAUUUCACUGUAGUAGGUAAAUAUAUUAUUGUUUUUUUUUACCUCCUAGGUUUUCUAUCAAAUUUUUUGUCUGUUUUUAUUAUUAUAAAUGUGUAUAAAUAUUGUUAUAAUUAUAAAAAUGUAUAUAACGAAUAUAAUGCUUUGUGAUUAUCAAAAUUUUAUGAAAUUAUGGUUUUUUUGAAAAUGCUUUGUGACAAUGAAAUAAAUGCAAUUUGUUAAUUGCUUUUCGUUUAUUUUUAAUCAGAUUGACAUAAUAUUCCACUAUAUUUAUAUUAAUAGUAACUGACCUUUGCACUUGACAACUUACUGUCAACUGAAUAAUAAACAUCAAAUUCGAAUGUCAGUGAUAACGUAGCGAGUAAUCUUAAGGUUUUACUAUGGUUUCUUUUUCUUUUAUCAGUGAACAACUUUUCUACAAGAAAACUUGCUCCAAACUAUAGACUAUAGCUAUUUCAAAUAGGUAAUUCAGUUUAAAACAUUCGUCAAGACUUUAAAUGUUGACAGAACACUUAUAUUUACCGUUUCUAGAGGUUUUUUGAGGUAUUUAUAAACAUUUUCAUUUUGUGACUUUUUACGUAAUUUUUACUUGGUAGGUACUCUGUAAAAACAUUUUUAGAUUAAACAGAAAAUUUGAGAGGUGGUUCAUUUCCAGUCGUAUUUAGUGUUCAAUCAAAAAUCGAGUUAUAUUUAGUAUUAUUAUUAUUACUUUUUUUUUUUAUAAGAAUUUUAAAAUCAAAUGUUGACGAAAAUUGGAAAUAUUAUGGGCUUUCAAAACAUGCAUAACCAAACUUCGUUAUCAACGGUUUAUCGUUGGUUACGGGUAUACAUUAAAUAACUUUAUGUAUCACACCUUCUCCGUUACCCGCCUACAAUAGUGGCCGCACCCGUCCUCAGUAUCAGCAAUUUUUUUUAAAUGUGUGGCUCGCCUAUACAAUUGUCUACAUAUUUAUUUUUACAUUGUAUUUAUAUUCCAUUUUAGUCUUAAGAUAAAUUCAUCAGAGAUAAGAAAUAUCUAAUAAAAAACAAACCGAAUAGGUAUCAUUAUUAUUAUUGUUACGAAAAAUAAAAUAUUCAAACAAUAAUCCAUUUAAAAUUCAAUGUAAUAAGUACCGAGUAUGUAAUAUGCAUACUCAGUGAAGGUGUGAUAUGAUAUUUGAAUUUUGAUGCAAGGUUGAGGUAUUUUUUUUUUAUUUUUGCUUAUAAGCUGCAUAUUUUGUACAUUCAAUUGAACACUUAAUAGUAAUAGUAAUUCAGUAUUAUUAUGAUACGUCGAUCAAUGUUAGUACAUUAAUUUAAAAUGUUCAUAUCAAAAAAUAAAUGCCUAUUGUAUUUCAUAUACAUUAAAAAAAAUUAACGUUUAUUUAUUUAUUUUUUGGAUUUGGUACAGAUUUGUAAUUGAUAAAAUUCUAAUAACUUUAUUCAAAUUCGUCCGAAUUUCUAUAAUAAUUUGGAAAUAAUAUUGUCAUAACUAAUAACUAAUGAGGUGAUAAAUAUACCGACACAGCUUUACUGAAUAUUGAACAGAUGAUGAGUAAUCGUAUGCCAUAGUCUUACGAAUAAAUAAACAAAUAAAUGAAUGGUAAUCGUUUAUUAUUGAUCAGUUAGUUAUCUUAACGACUUUAAUGCCCAUGUCGCUAUAAAUAUUCAAUCGUAUUUUUCAUGAACUUUACAUUAUUAUUUGGAAAUAAUGCGCUAAAUUUGUCACAAUUUUUCGUUUAUUAAACGUUCAUUUUACAGAUACAUUAAAUAAAAAUACCUAAAUCAAAAAAUUAUUGCCGAAUAUUCGCAUAGUCAUUUCGGGAAAUAUAUUUCAAUAAUCAAUACACAAUUUAUUGUUGCGACGACCACAGCUCAUCGCUUGAAAAAUGAAAAUAAAUGCCAUCAAACUAUAAAUACUCCCAUAUUUGGCUACAACUUUUCAUCAUUGAAUGCGUUCAUUUUUCCAACGAACAUGAACGCGAACGCGUUUCGUAUUACAGUAUUUCAUUUGAACCCCGUUUAUUCACGGGGGAUUUAUCGAUUUUACCGGCAAACAUUGGCUUAAAAAGAUACGUAUAUACGUCCUAUAGAUACCUACAUAUAUAUAUAUAUAUAUAUAUAUAUAUACAUCGACUGUGUCGUCUAACCUUAGUCUGACAUUUUUGUAAAGAAAAAAAAAGAAAUGAUUUGGGAAUGAAAAAUACCCAAUUUUCAAAUAAAAGAGACGGAAGUCCGACGGAUUAAAGAAAAAAUAAUGAAUACACAGAUCUGUGGUUAAUGAAGGGUAUUAAAUAUUAAAUGUGAGUCGCAUAGCAUGGCACAGCAGUGAACGGCUUGCAGCGAAAACAUCAAAAACCGACAAAAGAAAACGUCCGUAAUAGAAACGUCUAAGAAAAUUUAAUGUUAUAAGUAUAACUUAUAAUACGCUUGCGAUUACGGGCGUUUGUAACAUAUUUACAGACUGGUUUUUAUGACUUGGUCAUUUUUACAUAUAUUUUAAUAGAAUUUAAUGUUCGUAUGUAUCGUAAUACUAGAUUAAAUUUUAUAACUCAGUCCGGGUUGCACAAAAGCUAGUCUGCAAAUAUAUUACAGAUGACUAUAUAAUUAUUAUAGAUAAUGCUACAUGCAACAGUGUUGCAGAAACGAGUUUGUAAUGAAUCUGAAAAUUGUAAUAUAAUAGGCGUGUUUUGGUGAAUAACCUAGUUACCGUAUUUUAUAAAAAAAGUCGUUUUAACGAUUUUAGUAUUAAUAACGACUUAUUAAUUUGGUUUUAAUUUUUGGUUAUAGGUUACUUAAAUAUCUUUACCAAAAAAAAUGAACGGUCAUGGUGUUUAAUUAUUGAUAAAAUAAUGAUUAGUUAUCUGGCCAAUUCUUUUUUUACUAUCAAUUAAUAUUAUUUGUAGUAACUAUAAACAUGUCAAUUUCGCGAAUCUAUAAUCAUGAACCAAAAUCAUAUGACCAUAAUUGAUAACGAAUCAUAACCAUAUUAAUCGCCAAAACACAACUAAUGUUAACCACGGCUACUAAUUAAAUUUCAACAAUACAUAUUUGAUAACCCUAAACAAUGAUAACUGAUAAAAAAAAACGAAUUCAAGCGUUACUAUAAUGUUUAAAUUAUGAAUAUUGACUGUGUAAUAAAUUCAUAGAUAAUAAAAUCUAUGAAUAAAUUAUUAAAUACUUUAAUAUUAGUUUAGUACUUGAAUAGUUGUUUGAAAUCAACAUCGUCAUACUAUAUGACCGGAUUAGAUAUAUGAUACGGACACAAUUUCGGUAUAGAAUAGUUAAUACCUCGAUUAUUUACCUACUCGUUAUCACUUAAUGAUGAAGACAAAGUAUCCAUAAUUUAUAGCUCAAUUUUAUUAUAAUUUGCAAUACACAACAUUUUUAAAAUAAAUUAUCAUCAAUGUUGGCAAUAACUAAAUAACUUGACCUGUAAAUCGUUCUGUAAGAAGUUUCAGAAUGUUUGUGCUACCCGACUUAAAUGUGUAUAUUGUACAAUUAUUCAAUAAAUUGGAAAACAUUUUACUAAUUUUUUUUUCUUAUUGUAAUUCUUCUUAAGAUUAAAAAUAAUAUAUUUAUUAAUAAAUGAUUAGUAGUUCCAGUGGCGCAACCAGCAUAUUUUUAAUGAGGGGAGGAUGGAUCCAAAAACUUAUAUUGAUUACAAAAUCAUUGGUUCCCCCAAUUAAAUUCCAUAUUAAAUUAACCAUUAUUAAUAUUUUGAAUACGUUUUUAUAUAUUAUACAGCUAGUCUCAAUGAGGGGAGGGGGAUACUGAUUCGAGGAUGAUGUGCAAAAAUGAGUUAUAAAUUCAUAAGGAAAUAUUGAGUAUUGAAUGGAUUCCAAUGAGUCGUAAUUCGUAAACUGUUACAGGGGAUAAUGUUACAAGGGAUAAUAUUCAACGCUUGUAGCCUUGCAAACCUGCUGUGGCACCGAUCAAUAUAACUACGGGCGUGCAGUAAACGCAGGAAAGGGAUAUUGUAACCAUGGUUACAGGUUGUGAUGAGGUAUAAAUUUAACGACCCACAUAACGAAAUAAUAAGAAAAGAAGUUUUCAACAAGCCAAACAAGUUUCUAGUAGGGUGGUUAUUUUUUUUUCGACUACACCUCCCUAUUGUAAUUUUAUUAUUUUAUUACAAAGUAAAAAUUUCUUUAGAAAAAAAAAAUAAAAACCAUUGAACAACCAUAAGCUUUUUCGCUCCACUAAGAAUCUAAUUAAAAAAGUAUAAAUAUAACCACAUUAACCGAUUUUACAACGUUAACCGUAACAAUAAUGGUAGACAAAAAGAAAUAUGUGGCACUUGUACCCUCAAACAAUAACUUUAUUGGGGACGGUUGUUUUUUAAUAAAUUGGUCUAAAUUAAUACUUAAUUAUUGACAUGAUUUUUCAUUUAAGCAAUACCUAAAUAUGUAAAUUACCAUUUGGUAUAAUUAGUUACAAUUUUAAUAGAAAAAUUGAAAAUAUGCAAAUCGAUUUAACGGAAAGUGGGUAAAAAAUGAAUUUCAAGAUUCCGUGAUACAUUUCAAGGCAAAUUCAAUAGAAUUGGAACGUUUUUUUUUCUUAUUAGAAUAUUGUCAAAAUUUAUUUUACUUGUAAAUAAUUAAUACGAAACCUAUUUUGCCUCAAAGUCUGUGAGAAUAAAAAUAUUUUUACAAACCGUAUAUGAUCCAAAAAAUAUAUUCUCAUAGCUGUAUUUGAACUAAAAAGUGUUUUAGCCGAAAAAUAUUAAGUCCAAAAAAUAUUUCAUUUUGAACCGUAUUUCGUAGCUCAUUAGGCCAGGUGUCAUGUGUUUAGCGAAACACCAUUUAAAUCAAUGUUGCACUAAUAGACCAAUAAAUCAAAAUGAGCAGCUGUUUAAAUGGUUAGACGUGUAAGAAUCAGUCGCGGUGGGUGGAGCACUCUAUAUGAUUAUGUCUAGAUGACUAGAUGUAUAAUGUUUAUGUCUAUAGGGUUAGCGACGAAACAUUUUCGGAUAAAUUAUUGUUUGGCGUCCAUAUGUUUGAUUCAAUUAUUUUUGACAUUAUUUUUUUUGGAUACACUAUUUUCGAAUAUUUUAUAACCCCUCCAUUACCAAUCCAUAACAACAAUAUUAUAAUAUGUAGGUACCUACUCAUUCCCCAAAAAUAACAAGGCCGGAUAGUUUAAUGUUCUCGGUGAACUGCCGGGAAAAUCAACUAAUACCACGAAUUUUUCCCAUUUAUUGUUUGAUUGCAAUGAAGUUUUUAAAAUGUUAGUCCUUACAAUGCUAUUACCUUAGGUACCGUAUGUGAAUAAUUUUAGUUUCGGGGCAUAGCGAGGUAUUCAUUAGUUUUACUAGGAUGUGUGUGUACUUAUUUAUUUAAUUUUAAUUUUUUUUUGUUUGUGAACAACUUUUCUACGAGAAAACUUGUUCCGAAGUAUAGAGUGUUGCAUCAUUUUUGAAAGGUAACUUUCUCUAGUUGGUGCAUUGAAGAUGUCAUUUUUUAAUUUUCCAUGAGGUUUUCGAAAUAGUUGAAAAAAAUCCGAAAAAAAAGUAUAGGUAAAACGAUAAUAAUUUACGGCGUGACUCUGCGUUACCGUUUUCAUUAUUUUUAUUAUAUAAACACGAUGUUUUCUACUAGAAAUAUUACUCAAAUCGAAAAAUGGCAAGAGUUUGAUUUUGUUCCCUUUGAUACGUAGCCAUUGAUAUAAAAAUCGUUUUUCGAUAUCCAAAAUAGUUUUUCUAUAAUAAUUAGAGUAAACAAAAAAAAACGAAGUAUACGAAUUGUUCAAAAUUUCAGCACAACGAAGUUUUUUUAAUAUUUGAGCAAAACCGAAAAAAACGUAGAAAGAACGGGGAAUUUUUUUUCGAUUUUAAUUUUGUUUUUUUGUUGUAAUGCAGUUAAAAAUAUUGGCAGUGACUUGAAAUUCAAACAGUAAACCUAUAUUUACCUUUUUUAAAUGUGGUAAAAUGUUUAAAAAUUUUAAGCCAUUUUUAUAGACAUUUUAGUUUUGUAAAUUUUUACGUAAUUUUUAUUCGGUAGGUACAUUGUGUAUAAUAUUGCUAGACCAAAUAGAAAUACUUGAAAAUUCAACUUGAGGUUUAUUAUAAGUCAUAUUUUGUAGUAAAAAAAAAAAAAUGAGUUUAAUGUUGUAUUUUUCGCUUCAAAUAAUUUUUCGUAAGCAAUGAUAAACUAUUGUUUACGGAUGUAAUUUUUUAUAAUUUAAUGUACCCUAUCUUUUUAAGAACGAUUACGAUAAUAUGAGUAUCGAUAAACGUGUUUUGGCAAAUAACGAAAUAUAACCAGGUUACUGUUGGUUCUUAGUUCUGGUUUUUAUAAACAAGUCUUUAACUUUCCGAUGAAAAUUAUUGAUAAGGUUAUUUAAAGUAUAACACAUCGUUAAAUGUUCCAAUAUCCAAUUGUUUUUAAUGCUGUAGCACAUUUAACAAUUUAUUUUCGUCAUAGGUACAUUAAUAAUCUACCAUAUUAGGUAGACUGUGAACUUAUCUCUACGCUUUAAACACAGUAAUACAAUAUAAAUAAUAAAUAUAUACUGAGAAUUAAAUGCUGUAAAUGUCUUUUGUCAAUUAAUAUUAUUUACAAUAACUAUAAAUGUGUCGUUUACGUGAAUUUACAACCAUUAACCAAAAUCGUAUAGCCAUGUCUAAUUAAAUGUUUAAUUUUUAUUUAUAUACCGUAUCUAUAGAUACCGUAUAUUGGAAAACAAUUUAGACAUACACUAAAUAUUAAAAUAUAGUGUGCAUAUAUAUGUGUGUAUAUAUAUAAAUUGACAACUUGAUAUGUUGCAAAAUUGAUAAUUAAUAACUAUAUUGGAACAUUUAAAAAUUAACGUUAAACUGAUAAUUUACGAUUCAUAGUAUCUAAUUAUUCUGAUAUCUCUAUUGGUUAUAAAACCAUAACAUAAAACCUAAUGCUGAACAUGUUUGUAAUUCCUAAGUUAUUAGUUAUUAUCAUAGACUAGUGGUUCUCAACCGGGAUGGCAAAUCGCCCUGGGAUGACAUGGACCCAGUGCAGAGGUAACACGAAAUCAUUAAGGAAAUGAAAAAAAUAAAUAAGAAAAUUUUAAAUUUUUUUAGAAAAAAAUCGUAUUAUGUUGUCGUCGCUGUCAUGUAACCUCUAACACCGUCCGAACAACGUAAUAUUCACUUCCUACCACUCACUCUUCAACGAUACCGCUCCUUGAAUAUUCUAUAAUUUCAAUGGAUUAAACAUUGGUAGGAUGACUCAGUAUUGGAUUAUUGUCGAUAAGGAUACCCACCUACUUGUGGGUACCUACUAGCUGCUGUUCAGUUAUGUAAUAACAAUAAGUUAAUAAUUAUAUUAUAUUACUUUAUAGUAACUAGUAAGUUAUAACCUAAACCACGCCGUAACUGUUAUCUAUAUACUAAAGCAAUAUGUAUAAGAUGUUACAACAUUAUGUUUCAAAUUGAAUCAUAAAUCAUAUAACUACGUAUUACGUAGAAUUCGUAAAAAAUGCUCAAACAUAUUUCGGGAGGGAGUCACAACCCCCAACCCCUUUCUCCUAGCGGCGCCACUGUGUCUGACAACAGAUAUAACUAGGCUCGCUCAAUGUGUGGAUUUGAUCAAUCAGAAAAGACCCGUUCUGUAAACUGUAGUAAUGCAUGAUAUAUGAAAAAAUACCACCGGAAAUAUAUAAAGUUAUAAUAGUAUACUGUAUACAUUAAGUUAAGUAUACCUAAGGUUUUUUAAAUUAUCUAGUUAUUUCAUAAACUAAUUCAAUAUUUUAAACUGUAAAAAAGCGGUUUCCAAAAUGUGCGCCACAUCUGUACAGGGGCGUCUCGUCACCACGUGGAAUAUUUAUUGGUAUAAAAAUAAAUUCAGAAUUCAAAAAACAGCGGAAACCGUGACGGCACUGGCACUUUUAUUUUUCUUGGAAAAUACAUUUUCGGUUAAUAAAAAUGCUCCAAAGUAUUAGCAUUGUAUUUUAACCCUUUCAGACCUGUAAUUUAUUUUUUCGAAUUAGAUUUUAACCGUUU